UUCCAACCUUGGAUAUGGACAAAUAUAUACUGAUUUUCUCUGAAACAUUUAAUUUCUAAGAAAUUGUUCAUGACUUAUUAAAUCUGUAUGGUGAGUUAAGUAUAUUAUGAAGUGAUUAUGGCCAAAAUACUGUCGUUGGUUAUUUUAGCGAAACUGUUACUUACUUAUGGACAAGAAAGCCAUCUAUUUAAUGAACCAUCGGGAAAUCAAGAAAGUGAUAAAGAAAAUCCGAGUUAUUCCUAUGGCUAUGACGUGGCUGAUACACUAACUGGUGAUAUCAAGACUGUUUGGGAAGCUAAAGAUGGUGACUCUGUCAAAGGUCACUACAGUGUUUUAGAACCGGAUGGAUCUAUUAGAACUGUAGAGUAUUCAGCAAGUCCACAGCAUGGCUUUACAGCGACAGUUAAUAACGACGACACACAGCCGUUACAAAUUAACGAUGAGGCGGUGAUGGCAGACAAAGCCCUCAGAGAUUACGAUCGCUAUUACGAUUUUUCAGAAGACGCUGAUACAGAUGUUCCCUUUAAAUCGACAGAAAAGAAGAAAAGAAGACAUCCAUAUGAGUCCAUAUUUGAUGAUUAUACUUUCGUUAAGCGACCAAAACAUCCCAUUGAUUAUGAACCCACUGAAUAUUCUCAUAGCUUUUCAAUUAAACAUCCUCACGAUGAAUUAACACCAGAGGCUACAUCACAUAUUGGAUUUAAAUUUGAUCCAAAUUGUAAAAAUAAGAAUAAAAAACAGAAGUAUCCCUAUUCUAAAACAGCGGAAUCGGAUUAUCGUAAGCAAAAGUAUCCAUCGAUAUCAUCUUCCGAUACGUACGCCAACGAUUUUGACAAAUAUAUGAGCGAAGCAUCAAAUAUGGAAAUAGAAAAAGUAGUUCAGCGAUACAAACAGAACAAUGACAAAUUUAAACCAUCUAAGCCAGAUGAAUACGAAUGGCCUUCUUACAAACACGGAUAUCCUAAUAUUCCACCUUCAGAAAGCUUAUAUCCAGAUUACGAUGCACCAAGACCAAAGAAGAAAUAUAAGCCUCAGAAGAAGCCAGACUAUUACGAGCCUGAUGAGCUCGAUGAUUAUAUCCUAGUUCCAAAGAAGAAACUCAGAAAGCCGUCCAGAAUUAUAGAUCAUCCGGAAUAUAAUACGGGAUACGACGAAGAAUUUGAUGACACGUAUGAUGAUGAUCGCUAUCACAAACCACCGCGGACUUCGAAUCAGAAUGAAGUUGUUAAGAAAAUAGUUAAGAAACAACCAACAAUUAAUAUCUUCGAUAUAUUUGAUAUUUAGGUUUUAAAUACAAACUAGAUUAGGGUUUUUUUUUAAUUGGAAUUAUUUAACGUAUGUAUGUGUAAUAUGUAAAUUCUUCUCAUUUAGGAAAAGGGAAACACUUCUGUUAAUAAUGCCCUAAUUGCUGAUCAAGAAGACUGCCACUAGCUUUAUUAAGUCCAUAAGAAAUAGGAAACCAAUUUGUUUUAACUAUUUGCUGUUUAAAUAUGUAUAAAUAAUGAUUAGUAAGUAAUUUUUGUUUAAUAAAGUCAUGGAACAUAUUGUUUAUUUUAUUGAAUUUACCACUGCUAUUGAUAAUAAAAACAUAAUUAAAACACAUAUGUUUUAGAAAGACAAUCGAUAAUUGAGCAAUUGUUAAUACGACAGGCG